AUGGCAGGCCCAAGAGGAGGCGGAAACUUUAGAGGCCGCGGCUCAAGAGGUGGCUCCAGAGGUGGAGCAAGAGGCAGAGGCAGAGGAGGCAGAGGCAAGCAGUUCAGUCGAUGGGGCCCAGACAGAAAAUUUGAUGGUGCUCGGCUGGCUGAAAAUGGCGAAGAAGAGGAUGAGAGCGGAUCUGGAUCAGACGCCUCAGACGUGGAAUACGGGGCGCUCAACGAUGUAGCCUCAGAUGACGACGAGCAGCAGGCUACCGCACGCCCAUACAUGGCACUGAUGCAGAAAUUCCACGAUUCGAGCGCAUCAAGUGCGCCGAGCGCCAAACGGAGAAAGAUUUCACACGCCGAACCCUCAAGCCGGAGCCCAAGCCCAAGCCCCGCGCAGGAGCAGUCAGAAGACGAGGAGGAGGAAGAAUCGAAUUCCAAGCGAGAGGAUAUUGACGAAGCUGACGAGGAAGAGGGGGGAGGAGAAGAAGACCAGACUGGAGGCGUUGAAGAUGCUGCAGACGACUCAGACGACGAGAUUGAUGCCACGGAUCCGUUUGACGCCCAUUUCGCCAAUCCAGACCAACAAAUAAGUGCGCCAGCGGUAACAGCGGCGAAGAAGGGAGAAUGGGCUACAAGUCGGGCUAUGAUACAGCCUUGGAGAGCAGUUGUGGUCUCUCCUGAUACCAACAGCACUGAUCCCAUUCCGCAGCCAAUAUCGGGACUUGGUGGGCUGAAACUUAAGCAGAAGCUGCGAGAAACAGCAAAGGAGAAGAUGAGCAAUCUGGAUACAGCCCAAAAGGCACUUGCACCUUUAUUAUUCGGUUACAAGGACAUCUUGUAUUGCGACCGGUCUGUGGAGAACUCUCACAAAAUGCGACAGACAGUCUGCCUCCAUGCGCUGAACCACAUCUUCAAGACUCGAGACAGAGUAAUCAAGAACAACUAUAAACUUUCAAAGGCUGGCGAUGAUGCGGAACUUGAACUCCGAGACCAAGGCUUCACAAGACCCAAGGUCCUGUUUCUUCUACCAACCCGGAACUCAUGCGCCCAGAUUAUGAAGGUGAUCCAGGACUUGAUUGAACCAGACCAACAAGAGAAUUUUAAGCGUUUCAAUGAAUCUUACGCUGAGAGCGACGAAGCCUUUGGUGCUGAUCGGCCUGCCGAUUUCAAGGAGCUGUUUGGUGGUAAUGACGACGACAUGUUCCGCAUCGGCAUCAAGUUUACACGCAAGACGAUCAAGUAUUUUGCGCAGUUCUAUAGCUCUGAUAUCCUUUUCGCUAGUCCUCUUGGCCUGCGUAUGGCUAUGGGGUCCGAGGAGGAGAAGAAGAAGCCCGAUUUUGACUUUCUCAGUUCCAUUGAGAUGGUUGUCAUGGACCAGGCAGAUGCUCUGUUGAUGCAGAACUGGGAGCACGUUGAGCACAUCUUUGAGCACCUCAACCUUCAGCCCAAGGAUGCGCAUGACUGUGAUUUCAGCCGCGUCCGCAAUUGGUAUCUGGAAGACGAGGCAAAAUACUACAGGCAGACGGUGAUUCUAUCUGCCUUCAACACCCCCGAGUUGGCAGAGCUGCAAAGAGUAUACUGCCAUAACUGGGCUGGAAGAGUUCGACUCCAGCCGGAGUACCCUGGCGUUCUUGGACAACUGGGUGUCAAGAUCAAGCAGACGUUUGCUCGAUUUCAAUCAAACGCCGUGGAAAAGGAUCCCGAAGCCAGAUUCGAAUACUUCACUUCUACCAUUAUUCCUUCUCUGGUGAAGCGAUCCAAAGAUACUAGCGGGACCCUCAUAUUCAUCCCCUCGUAUCUUGACUUUGUUCGCGUGAGGAACUAUUUCGCUACCGCCGACGAAGUCUUCAGCCUCACCUUUGGCGUGAUAUCCGAGUACACGGAAGUUCGAGAAGCUUCCCGAGCUCGAUCCCACUUCUUAACCGGCCGACACAAGGUCUUGCUCUACACCGAAAGAGCACACCACUUCCGACGGUAUCAGUUCAGCGGGGUGCAGAGAGUCGUCUUCUACGGGCUGCCGGACAAUCCCAUCUUCUAUAAGGAGAUUGCGGGCGGGUACCUGGCCAAGAGCGAGAAGGACAUGAAGAUUGAGCCUGGGCAGGGGACUGUGCGGGCGAUAUUUUCGAAAUACGAUGUGAUGAAGUUGGAGAGGGUGGCAGGGUCGAAGAGAGUAGGGAAGAUGAUUCAGGAUCGUGGUGAUACCUUUGAUUUUGUGUAG